UUGUUCGAAGGAUCAGCUGACUUUUCAAAGAACCAUGAUGGAAAGCAAAUUGACGCCAAGCAGGCUGUUCUAUUCACAUUGGGAAAGAUGUUAUCAAUCAAGGCUGGACAACAGGGUUUGAGAAUGAUUGUUUUGAGUGGUCCAUCCAUUCACGAACCAAUCGCAUGGGCAGGUCCAAUUGUGAUGAACACGAGAGAAGAGAUCCUUCAAGCUUACAAAGAACUUGACUAUGAUACAUUUCUCAAACACAAAAGGAAUUAA